AUGCACAACACGCGGCGGUGGUUCCACCAUCAAAUAUGGAAUGCCAUAACCAAGCGAAACUGGUCCUUCGUGGACAGUCUCUUCACACAGUUCCUGCAAUGUGGAUUCUACUACGACGAGGUCACUUACACUCUAAAGCUCUUUUCUGCUCUUCUCUCUCAUCGCAGUCCUUCGGAGAAUGCCAUGCUCGUUUUGGAGGAAAUGAAGAUGGCAAAAAUGCACCCGGCUAUCGUCCGCAUGAACGAGGGUCUUCUUCUCUCCUACUUCGAACUCGGAGAAAUCUUUUGUCUCCCACCUGCGUCGGUGUGCCAAAAUCUCUGUCGCGUCACAUGGCAAGCUGCCGUUAAGCUGCAUCGCCAGCGCAAGCAUCGGCUGAAGCGGUACCUGGAAGCCUUGCCACCAAAUGUUCUCUUGAGUCUCACCCAGGCGGACGUGGCGCAAUUGCUUUCCAAGAACGAAGAAGAACUUCUGCUCCUACCUGCUUCCCAUGGACCUGUUGGGGAGAUGGACCUGCUGCUCGAAGGCAGCGACGAGGACGAAGACAGUGAGCCUGAGGAGAUCGACGAGUUUGGUGCUCUACCAGGUUUGAACGAACCAGAAGGACAUUUGUUUCCCCCGUUCCCAUCGGAACCCACACCUUUCGUGCCAGGAUCGUUUCUCACGCGGAGUGCGGAAGAUCUCCACACCGGAAGACUAGCCAGGCUGCGAGAAGCAUCUGCUCCUAGUCCAAGUGUUUCCCCCUGCUCCUCCGAUCACGCACGAUCAUCCGAACCCGAACACCGUGUCUGUGGCAGACGGAAGCGAGGACGAAACAGACAGAUACCAACCUGA